AUUGACGGUCCUUUCAGAGUGAUACUUAAAAUGCAGGACUUGUAUAAUAGUUAUUUAUCAAAGGUUAUGCAUUUUUUCGUGUGUUUUACUAGUCGUACGUAAAUAACACGAAAUGACUAGUUACAAGGCUACUUACGUUGAACGAUAAGAGAAAGUACCGCUAACACUGUCCACAUCUGUUUACGCAAAUCCAUCGAUGCGAGAGAUUCCGCUCAGCACGUAGAGACCCACUCCAAGACGGUCAAGAGUUGUCGAGGUGCAGUCUACCGGUGUGGAAAGUGCAAGCCCCGGAGAUCCUGAGGAAAGAUGACCUUCUACGAUAACAUUUACCCGUUCUACCCCCUACCGAGAACCUCCUUUAUCUUCAGCACCCACCUCCUCACUAUUAUCCUGGUCUUCCUGGUCUUCACAUUCAGCUUCCUUCUUAUUCUGCCAGGUAUCAGAGGCAAGUCGAGACUGUUCUGGAUGUUCAGACUCAUCAUCAGUUUCUUCAUAGGUGUAGUAAUUGUAGCACUGAAUUUCACCAGUGACUGGGCUGAGGCCCAAACCACUACCAACGCUACCUACAAGUCCUUCAGCAGUGAGGAGGUGAACGCUGAGGUGGGACUGCAUGUUGGAUUGUACGGCAUCAACAUAACUUUAAGAGGGAAUCCUGUGAAUCAACUGAACGAGACCAUCAACUACAACGAGAUGUUUGAGUGGAAAGACACCAUCGAUGAGGAGUACGAGGAUGCCCUAGAGAGAGGUCUACCUAACCCCAUCCUCUAUAUCGCUGAGAAGUUUACCCUCAACAACCCAUGUGGCCUCAUCUACCAGUAUAGAUACUCUGGGCGCUAUGCCUCGGCCACUCUCUGGACAGCGUUCUGCUGCUGGAUGGUAGCCAACGUGCUAUUCUCCAUGCCUGUCAUCCUGUACGCCGGCUACAUGAUGGUGGCCACUGCUGCCUUCAUCUUCUUCUCCAUGGCCUCUUUCUCCACCAUCAGGAAUCUGCCUACCUGUCUGUUCACCAUAGGCACCUCUGGAGCCUUCCAGACAGAGUACAGCGGUUCUUUCUGGCUGGCUCUGGCCACAGGUGUCCUGUGUCUGGUCAUCGGAGUCCUGGUGGUUCUGCUGGACUGUCUGAUCCCUGAGAAGAUACGAGAGGCCUUCAGUGUCGAGGUGGACAACGACGAAGAUGAAGAUAUUCAUUUUGGACAGGGAUACCUGAACUCCAACUUCCUGGCAAGCGUAACCACCACACCUUUGACAACUUUAGUACUUCCUACGGAUGAAAUUCAGAAAGACAGCCACCAACCAUCCCUCCAGGAGCUGUCAAUCGCAAUGUAACCCAACGUGGCAGGCGUUAAAACACGCCUGAGACGGAGUUCCCACAUCCGCUUUUCAGCGGAAAAGUGUAUCCCUGAAAACCGGAUACAUCCGGUUGUUGGCAACUCCCUCUAAGGCUGGUCGCAAUGUAACGAAGUCAGAUUCAUAACCUCAUUCCCCAGCUUGAAAGGUCUCUACCGAACUAUUGAAUCCCUAGCUUUUCGAACAGCGUAGUUGGUUAAAACGUUGUCAAGGAGGGCAGUCACGUGCGAGACAUUAGCCUCUGUCGAGUCCCCAACAAACGGAUGUGUCCUGGGUUCCAGUCUGGCUGUGAGGCGACGAGGGAGGAAAUGGUACUGCUAGACUAGCACAGUGACCUCCUUUUACACAGGCCUCUUGUACUGUACUGUAAAUAAUGUGUAUAAAAUGUGUUCUACUCUGUCAAUGCCAUAAUUGUUAUUAUUAGAUGUGUUGUAUUACAUGUCAUGUUGAAAUAGUGUACGAAAAUGUAUUAAAAAGUUUUUUGCGAGAUUCA